GCACCAUCUGCCCAGUGGGAUUGACAAGUGCUGAUGAGCGGACAGUGGCUUGGUAGAGCCUCUUCCUGUCUUAGUCCUGUCGUUUAUGCCUCUCCUUCAUUGCCUGUGUCCAGAAUGAAUCAGCUGAGGCUGUUGCCAUCCCGUCUUGGGGCACAGGCUGUGAGGCUUCUGGCUGCACAUGAAGUCCCAGUGUUUGGCUGGCGCAGCAGGUCCUCCGGGCCACCGGCCAUCCUCCCAAGCAGCAAAGAUGGAGGCAGCUCCAGUUACAUGGAGGAGAUGUACUUCGCCUGGUUGGAAAAUCCCCGGAGUGUCCACAAGUCCUGGGACAACUUCUUCCGGAAAGCCAGUGAGGAAGCCUCUUCUGGCUCUGCUCAGCCACGGCCCCCUUCUGUUGUCCGUGACAGCAGGUCUGCAGUCUCAAGCCGGACCAAGACCAGCAAGUUAGUGGAGGACCACCUGGCCGUGCAGUCCCUGAUCCGGGCCUACCAGAUCCGUGGUCACCAUGUGGCCCAGCUGGACCCCCUGGGCAUUCUGGAUGCAGACCUGGACUCCUUUGUGCCCUCAGACUUGAUCACAACCAUUGAUAAACUGGCCUUCUAUGACCUGCAGGAGGCUGACCUUGAUAAGGAGUUCCAGCUGCCAACGACCACCUUCAUCGGGGGCUCUGAAAACACCCUCUCUCUGCGGGAGAUCAUUCGACGCCUGGAGAACACUUACUGCCAGCACAUUGGCCUGGAGUUCAUGUUCAUCAACGAUGUGGAGCAGUGCCAGUGGAUCCGGCAGAAGUUUGAGACCCCUGGUGUGAUGCAGUUCUCCAGCGAGGAGAAGCGGACACUGCUGGCCCGGCUGGUGCGCUCCAUGAGGUUUGAAGACUUCCUGGCCCGGAAGUGGUCCUCAGAGAAGCGGUUUGGCCUGGAGGGCUGUGAAGUGAUGAUUCCUGCCCUCAAGACCAUCAUCGACAAAUCCAGCGAGAUGGGGAUCGAGAAUGUCAUCUUGGGGAUGCCACACAGGGGCAGGCUGAACGUGCUGGCCAACGUGAUCCGCAAGGACCUGGAGCAGAUCUUCUGCCAGUUUGACCCCAAGCUGGAGGCGGCAGACGAGGGCUCCGGGGACGUCAAGUACCACCUGGGCAUGUACCACGAGAGGAUCAACCGUGUCACCAACCGGAACAUCACUCUGUCGCUGGUCGCCAACCCCUCCCACCUGGAGGCAGUGGACCCUGUGGUGCAGGGGAAGACAAAGGCAGAGCAGUUCUACCGUGGAGACGCCCAGGGCAAGAAGGUCAUGUCCAUCCUGGUUCAUGGGGACGCCGCCUUUGCCGGCCAGGGCGUGGUAUAUGAGACCUUCCACCUGAGCGACCUGCCCUCCUACACAACCAACGGUACCGUGCAUGUCGUCGUCAACAACCAGAUUGGAUUCACCACAGACCCCCGAAUGGCCCGUUCCUCACCAUACCCCACCGACGUGGCCCGGGUGGUCAAUGCACCCAUCUUCCACGUGAACGCCGAUGACCCAGAGGCUGUGAUAUAUGUGUGCAGUGUGGCAGCCGAAUGGAGAAACACUUUCAACAAAGAUGUUGUCGUGGACCUGGUCUGUUACCGCCGGCGCGGCCACAAUGAGAUGGACGAGCCCAUGUUCACCCAGCCGCUCAUGUACAAGCAGAUCCACAGACAGGUGCCUGUGCUGAAGAAGUACGCAGACAAGCUGAUUGCCGAGGGCACGGUCACCCUGCAGGAGUUUGAGGAAGAAAUUGCGAAAUACGACCGGAUCUGUGAGGAGGCUUAUGGCAGGUCCAAGGAUAAAAAGAUCCUGCAUAUAAAGCACUGGUUGGACUCCCCCUGGCCCGGCUUCUUCAACGUAGAUGGGGAGCCCAAGAGCAUGACAUGCCCAGCCACGGGGAUCCCUGAGGAUGUGCUCACCCACAUCGGCAGCGUGGCCAGCUCUGUGCCCCUGGAGGACUUUAAGAUCCACACCGGCCUCUCUCGCAUUCUGCGGGGCCGGGCGGACAUGACCAAGAACCGGACGGUGGACUGGGCGUUGGCAGAGUACAUGGCCUUUGGCUCCCUGCUGAAGGAGGGCAUCCACGUGCGGCUCAGCGGGCAGGAUGUGGAGAGGGGCACGUUCAGUCACCGGCACCACGUUCUCCAUGACCAGGAGGUUGACCGCAGGACGUGUGUGCCUAUGAAUCAUCUCUGGCCUGACCAGGCCCCGUACACCGUGUGCAACAGCUCCCUCUCAGAGUACGGAGUCCUGGGCUUUGAGCUGGGCUAUGCCAUGGCCAGCCCCAAUGCCCUGGUCCUCUGGGAGGCCCAGUUUGGGGACUUCCACAACACGGCCCAGUGCAUCAUCGACCAGUUCAUCAGCACCGGCCAGGCCAAGUGGGUGCGGCAUAACGGCAUUGUGCUGCUGCUGCCCCAUGGCAUGGAAGGCAUGGGCCCAGAGCACUCGUCUGCGAGGCCCGAGAGGUUCCUGCAGAUGAGCAAUGAUGACUCGGAUGCCUACCCCGCAUUCACCAAGGACUUUGAGGUGAGUCAGCUCUAUGACUGCAACUGGAUCGUGGUCAACUGCUCCACACCGGCCAACUACUUCCACGUGCUGCGCCGGCAGAUCCUGCUGCCUUUCCGCAAGCCGCUGAUUAUCUUCACACCUAAAUCUCUGCUGAGGCACCCAGAGGCCAAGUCCAGCUUUGACCAAAUGGUAUCCGGGACCAGCUUCCAGCGGGUGAUUCCUGAAGAUGGGGCUGCAGCACAGGCCCCUGAGCAGGUGCAGCGGCUCAUCUUCUGCACGGGAAAGGUGUACUAUGACCUGGUGAAGGAGCGGAGCAGCCAGGGCCUGGAGGAGAAGGUGGCCAUCACGCGCCUGGAGCAGAUCUCUCCAUUCCCCUUUGACCUGAUCAAGCAGGAGGCAGAGAAGUACCCAGGUGCGGAGCUGGCCUGGUGUCAGGAGGAGCACAAGAACAUGGGCUACUAUGACUACAUCAGCCCACGCUUCAUGACCAUCCUGAGGCGCACGCGGCCCAUAUGGUAUGUCGGCCGGGACCCAGCAGCUGCACCAGCCACAGGAAACAGGAACACUCACUUGGUGUCACUGAAGAAGUUUCUGGAUACUGCCUUCAAUCUUCAGGCCUUUGAGGGCAAGACAUUUUAGAGCUGGGCAAGACCUGUGUAGGUCUCGCUGUGGGUCGGCUGGGGACCAAGGAGGUGAUGGAAAGGGGAGGGGUGGAACUCCUGCCCAGGAGAGGGGCUACGGGGCCCCAGGAUAAAACAGACUCACACAGUGACAGGACCAAAGAGCCAGCAGUGCUGGCCUUGGUGUCAUGCCAGAAUCUACCAGGACUGAGGGAGCCAGAGGAGUCCUAUAGGCAGGCUGCUGUGCUGGCGCAUCCCCCAGCUGCUCCCAUCUUGCUGGAAUUUCUUGUGCGGCUUCUCCACCUGUGUCUCAAGACGGAUACCCUGAGACCUGUGUCUGUGGCUGCUCCCAUCCUGGCAGCCCUGGCUGCUGCUCGCCACACCGUCGCUCAUCUGUAGAAUCAAAGCGAUGUUCUCUUCUGUGCUCUUAGAAGUAGGGAGUUGAGCAGUGACUGCCAGGGGCAGUGAACCUGCGGGGUGAUGUGUUUGCGCUCUGUUUUAUGGGGCAUUCUUGCAAGAUGUGUCAGCUUCUGUGUGAAAUGCAGCCACAGCUCAUGUGUACCAAAGUAGAAAACCAAAUCACAGAGAAAUAAAAACAUGCUUCAGAGAGA